CUCAGUCCACGUCAAGACGGAAGACACCAGCGAGGAGUCGGAGCCGGGAGCCCAGAGUCCGUGCUGUCCCAGAGCCGGGUUCCGCUCGCCCCCUGGAGGGGAAGGGUGGCUGGGGGCUGCGGAGCACGGCCCGGUCUCCCGAGACAGGCAGGAAGCGGGACCCCCCGGCUUCCUCCCGCCUCCCCCCGGCUCGGGCCCGGAGCCUGAGGCCUACGGCAAACUCUCCGAGGCCUACGGCGUCGGCUCUGAGGGCUACAGUCCCAGGCCUGAGGCCUUCGACAUCCACUCUGAGGGGUACAGUCCCAGGCCUGAGGCCCACGGCAACCGCUCUGAGGGGUACAGUCCCAGGCCUGAGGCCCACGGCAACCGCACCGAAGCCUUUAGUCCCAGGCUCGGGACCUACGACGAUAAUUCUGAGACCUACAGUCCCAGGCCUGAGGCCUACGGGAACCGCUGUGAGGGGUACAGUCCCAGGCCUGAGGCCUACGACAUCCGCUCCGAGGGGUACAGUCCCAGGCCUGAGGCCUACGACAUCCGCUCUGAGGGGUACAGUCCCAGGCCUGAGGCCUACGGGAACCUCGCAGAGGGCUACAGUCCCAUGCCUGAGGCCUAUGGCAAUCGCGUUGAGGGCUGCAGUCCCAGGCCUGAGGCCUACGGCAAUUGCGCUGAAGUCUAUAGUCCAAGGUCUGAGGCCUACGGCAACCGUGCUGAGGGCUACAGUCCCAGGCCUGAGGCCUACGGGAACCGCUCCGAGGGCUACAGUCCCAGGCCUGAGGCCUACGGGAACCAAUCUGAGGGCUACAGUCCAAGGCCUGAGGCCUACGACCCAGAUGCUGAGGUGCACGGCAACUGCGCUGAGGGCUACAGUCCCAGGCCUGAGGCCUAUGGGAACCGAUCUGAGGGCUCCAGUCCAAGGCCUGAGGCCUACGGCCCGGAUGCUGAGGCGCACGGCAACCGCGCUGAGGGCUACCGCCCGGCCUGCAUGCUGGAGGCCCACGAGAGGCCGCUCCCGGCGCUGGGCCGUCCCUCGGACCCCGCACACCAGCCAGGGAGCAGGCCCGACGGCGGUCAACAUCCCUGGGCCCCGCUCAACGGCAGCAGCCCCUGCCCCACCCAGGGGGUCGGUAAGUGGAGAGCAGGCCUGGGCCCGGGGAGACCGGAUGCUGGGUGCGGCGGAGAGGAGCAGGAGGGAGAGACGGGGACGGAGAACGAGGAGGUGGAGCAGGGAAUCCACGAUUGCGAGGUCCCGUUCCGAACCAUCUCCAUUCACGGCAUCACCCUGGAUGAUGGUGAGUGA